AAACGAAAAUCGAUGAAUGUUUGUUGCCAUAACCUCACAAAAUCAACAUGGAUUUUCCAUCGCGAGCAAAAAGUAAAAAUAUUGACCGGGAAUCGUGCUUUUCCGAGGAUCCAACCCUCAAUGACAUCGUGAAUGAAGUCACGGCAUCGCAGCUAAGCAAAUUGAAUCUCAACUCCGACCAUCAGGAUGAGGAGUUCUAUGAAAAGGCCAAGAAGUAUUGGGCCACAGUUCCGCCGACAAUCGAUGGGAUCUUGGGAGGAUUUGCUGAAGUCUCCCCACGAGACAUCCAGUCAUCUACUCAACUCCUUAACAACAUCUUCCGCCUCAAGCCCAGACCCGGAAGACAUCGUGCACUGGAUUGUGGAGCUGGAAUUGGGAGGGUGACGAAGCAUUUGCUGUUUCGAUUUUUCGAGAAAGUUGAUCUCGUGGAGCAGUGUCCUCAAUUCUGUGCCCAAAUCCCCAAAUAUGUUGGAACGACGGAGAAACUGGGUGAGAUUUAUACUCAAGGACUGCAAGACUUUAAUCCGGAGGAGGGAAAGUACGAUGUGAUCUGGACGCAAUGGGUGCUAGGACACCUCACGGAUGACGAUCUUGUGGAGUUCUGGCGGAGGUGUAUCCGAGGCCUGGCCAAGAAUGGAGUCAUCGUGAUGAAAGAGAACACAGCUUCGUCGAACGAAGUGGAGUUAGACAAUGAGGAUUCGUCUGUUACGAGACCUCUGAGACUCGUUCGGUUGCUCAUCCGUGAAGCAGGACUGAGGGAAAUUCGCAUCCAGAGGCAGGAGAACAUGCCUAAAGGACUCUUUCCCAUCUACAUGAUCGUGAUGAGGCCGACUGUCCAUUGAAAUCUCACUUUUGUUAUCUUCAUAGGAACUUUCAAUGCUAAAAAACGAUCAAUAAACAUCAGUGAUUCUUAA